GGUAGAAGGAACCAAGAGCAACACGUUUUCCAUCAGCUUGAAUGUCAGCUCUGCCGCAAAAGAGGAACUGUGCCGACCAAUGUGGCUGACGGUGUUCUACAAUGACACUGUUAAAGUUUUGGACGAACCGUUAGACGAGAUCGACUUUCAGAAAUCUGUUACUAACUGCAAAUGCGGAGAACACAAAAUAAAGCUUAAAAUGACAGAAUCGUUGACAUUUUAUAGGAACUACACAUGUGCUAACUGUCAAUCCAAACUAAAACAAGAAAACCAAUCAAAUUCUGUGCUCACCUCAGUUAUAAUAACAUUGGUGAUUUUGGCCGCGCUCGCAACUUUCGCAGUUUGGUUUUAUUUACGGAAAUGGAAGAAAACUCGGCCAAUUAACGAACAACCCAGCGUCCACUUCAGCAAUAACUCGGAUAAUCGGAGAAAUGAAAUACAGGCUUUGCCACCGUUAGAAGCUCAAGCUGUCGUAAUAGGAGAUAGGCCAAAAGAUUCCAACUCAACCGAGAUUGAACGGUACUUGCUAUCAGCCUUUGCAGGAAACUUCCUCAAGGAGCAGUUCGAGAAAUUCCCGCGAGGUCAAACUCAGUCCUGGGAUUGCGGAUCCAGACCGGAAAAUAAAAGCAAGAACCGUUACGCGAAUUUGGCCGCUUACGACUCUUCCCGAGUGAAACUGGAGCUUCUUGCUGGAGAUGUUCACUCCGACUACAUCAACGCCAACUACGUGGACGGUAAUGAGCGGCCAAAAGCUUAUAUUGCGAGCCAAGGACCAACGGCAAACACUCUCAAUGAUUUUUGGCGAAUGGUUUGGCAGGAAAAUGUGUCGUUGAUUGUUAUGGUAACCAAUCUAGUUGAAGGAGGAAAGAAAAAGUGUGAAAAAUACUGGCCCGACAACAACCAGGAAAAGAGACACGGUCGCAUUUGUGUUCGCACCAUUAAUGAGGAAAUCAACGCCGACUUUGUCACGAGAACUUUAUCAGUUUCACGCGAUAAUACUAACAGACUCGUUCAACAACUUCACUACACGAGUUGGCCUGACCACGGAGUGCCGCUGUAUCCACAGUCAAUGGCUUUAUUUGUUGAGAAAAUAAUUCAACGUCAAGAUAAAAACCACCCGAUAUUGGUUCACUGCAGUGCUGGAGUGGGAAGGACAGGAACGGUGAUUUUGAUCGAUGCUUGCAUUCGAAUGGUUCAAUCACACGGCCGCAUGGACAUCACCAGUAUUUUCACUCGAAUGCGGUCUCAGAGAGCUAACUUAGUCGACAAUUUGAAACAAUACGAAUUCGCACAUCUGGUGCUCUUGGAGAUUUUUGCAAAUCCAAAGUUUGAAAUCAGCUGUGACAAGUUCACUGAGGAGUACAACAAUCUAAAGGGAAACAACAAGAAGGACCUGAAGGAGAGGUUUUCUAAACUGAAGGAAAUCUGCGAGAGAGAUUUUCAGAGGGUGGAAACGCCUGUAAAAAACGAAACAGACAAGUGCAGAUACCCAGAAUUUAUUUCGUCGUCAAGCGCCAUCGUUCGACUUUUUCCUUACGAAAACGUAGUGACUAUGAGUUUUAUCAACGCCGUCACCGUAGACGGAUAUCAGAAAGCCAAACAAUUUAUCGCGACGCAAGUGCCGAUGAAAAAUACAGUUGAGGAUUUUUGGAGGAUGAUCGACCAGUUCAAAGUCAAAGAAAUCGUCGUCCUCAACGAGCCGCAUAUUUCAGAAGGCGGAUUUCUUCCGUCGAAAGAACGCCGAUUUAUCUUUGGCGAAAUCGAAGUUAUUUUGGAUGAUUUUAAUGAUGGAAAGAAGUUCAAAACUAUGAAUGUCCAACUUAAUACGAGGGGAAUAUGCAAAAAUGUGAGCGUGAAAUGGGCCUACGACUGGAAGCCUGGGAAGGUCACCCCGCCAAACACGGAAUUGCUCAUUGAGCUCUGGGAUAGUUUGAAAAUGACCAAUGAUAAAGACGUCAUCGCCGUUGUUUGCCAUGACGGAGUGACGGCCUGCGGCCUUUUCCUCGGCAUUGGUUUCGUGAUCGAAAAAAUCAAGUUGGAGAACAAGGUCGACGUCGGACUGGCGGUUCGGACUCUGAGGAAAUCGAGACCGGCGUUUCUUUCCUCAGAAAUGCAGUACGAACUUGUGUACGAAACUGCCCAAAACUAUUUGGUCUCAUUUGAUACCUACGGAAACUUCAAGUAGGAUUCCUUUUACUUUUCCCAUUUAUGUAUUUGCUUCAAUAUGGAACACCUUUUAGUGCAAUAAUAUUUAGGAUGUUAGCAUAAAAAAUGUAUUAGAUUAUAUAGAGGUUAACAAAAUUUGAAUCGCGAGACGCUGAUAAUUUUAAUUAAUUUUAAUUGAUGUUUAAUUAAAGCAUGAACACUCCUAUCGUUUGUACACGCAGACAUUAUAAUUACUGUGUUUCAUAUCUUUCUAUUUAUUAAGUGUAUCCUUGAGCAUUUAAAUCAGUGUUCUGCAUUUUAUUAAUCCACGAAUAGUAAUUAAAUUUGUAUUAAUCAGUUUGAAACAUAACCAGUCAAAAACCUUUAAUGGCCCUGAAAAUAUGGUUUUGCACGAUCUGUACGUAAAAUUAUUUGUUGAAUCGCAGUUUUA